CACCCUCAAGCCCCAUUUUGCCCCCAGGUCUCGUCCAUCAAUCGGGUGCUGCGGGGGCUGCAGGGAUCAAUGCAACACAAUGCGCUGCAGGGGGGGGAGAGCGCGGUUGCAGACCCCCGGACCCCCCCAGGGACCCCCCCAGGCCGCAGCAAACAGCGCAGCAGGACCGUGCUGAGCCAGCAGCAAUGCAGAGCACUGGAGGAAGCGUUCCAACGGGGCCAAUACCCGGACAGCAGCACCAGGAGCCGAUUGGCUGCAGCCACGCAGCUCCCUGACACCACCAUCCAGGUGUGGUUCUCCAAUAGACGAGCCAAAUGGCGCCGUGAAACCAGGCAGCAAAUGGAGGCCAACACUGCAGGCUCCUGGUGCCGUUGGCUCCUGUGCCCCCCCAUCACGACAGCCCCCAUCUCUGCACAGGUAUGAGAGGGGCUGGACCCCCUCCUUCAUGGGGGGGGGACA